AUGCUGCCAUGUCGCCCUGAUGCAGAGUCAACUGGUGGAAAUAAAAGGCGGUUGCUCGCGCUGGUGCUGACGGAGUCACACCUGAAGCGCAGGAUUUUAGCUGCUGGUGGUUCAGUGGUUGAAUGCCCCCUAGAAAAGGAGCAACUGAUUACUGCCACAGGCUUGCACCAGUUGCACAUUCUGAUCUUCUUUUUGGCUGUGUUUCAUGUGGUAAAUAGUGCUCUUAUAAUGGUCCUUGGAAGAGCAAAGAUACACAAAUGGAAGGACCGGGAAAAGGAUACGACAUCGGCUGAGUAUGCCUUCACGACUGGUAUAUAUAUGUUCACUAUUCUUUGUUGUAUUGUUGUCGAUUGCUUGAACAAGCAUCCUACUACUAUUUGUUUCCAUCCCACUAAUGUUACGCAAAGACAACAUGCGAUUCGAGCUUACAGGAAUGCACUCUUUGUUUACAGAGAAAAUGGUUGGAGUUAUAUAUCUAAUCAUGUUCACUACAAUGUUGGAAGGUUUCUUCAAAUCUCCGGCAGCAAUAUCUCCGACACGAUCCCUACUCCUCUCUACAAUUUGACCUCUCUACGCUACUUCGCUGCGGCAGGGAACCAGUUGCACGGGAGACUUCCUGCUGACAUUGGAAGCAUGCUCAGCAAUCUCCAAAUUCUCUUCUUAGGCGGAAAUAAAUUCACCGGCCAAAUUCCAGCUUCCAUCACAAAUUGCUCCGGCCUACGCAUGUUUGCCGUCUCGGCCAAAUUCCACUUGCCUGCCAAAACUGGCAGAUUAACAUCGCUCACUCUGUUCAACAUGGGUGUGAACCAUUUUGAAGCUCAAACCGCUGAGGACUGGAAUUUUUUGUCCUCGUUGACAAAUUGUUCUGACUUGCAACAGGUCUACCUCGACCACAAUUACAAGCUGGGCGGGGUGCUGCCAUCUGCUGUCGCCAACUUAUCAGUGGGGCUCCAAGUGCUAAACGUGGGAGGGAAUGCGAUCUCCGGGAGCAUACCAUCGGGGAUAGGAAAUCUAGUUGGCCUAGAACGACUUGUGCUCUAUGAGAAUCAUUUCACUGGCAACAUUCCAGAAGGGAUUGGCCGUCUCCGGCGACUACAGUGGCUGACCUUGGAUGAGAACAACCUCUCUGGUAAAAUCCCCCCCUCCGUUGGCAAUCUCACGCAAUUGUAUUACCUCACUGCGCCUUACAAUACAUUGCGAGGCCCAAUUCCAGCAACAAUCGGACGCUUGCAGAGCCUGACAUACUUGGUGUUGUCCAACAAUUUCCUCCAUGGUGCCAUUCCAGAAGAAGUAGCCAACUUAACUGUUUUGUCUGACACCAUUGAUUUGCGAUUUAAUUUACUCACAGGAUCUUUGCCUUCUGAUUUGGGAAACUUAAAGAACGUGGAAAACUUCUUUGUGUCUGGAAAUAGAUUACGAGGACAGAUACCGAGCACACUUGGCGACUGUAAGGUGCUGGAGUACCUGGCGUUGGAUGCCAAUUUCUUCCAAGGCAGUAUACCUUCGGCUCUUGGCAACCUAGCAGGACUCAAAGGUCUAAACCUGACGAAGAACAACUUGACCGGUGAGAUUCCUCAAACAUUGAGCUCCAUAGAUGGUCUUCAAGAGUUGUAUCUUUCACACAACGAGUUGUCAGGUGCUAUCCCCGAGUCCUUACAGAAUUUGAGCUCUUUAUUUUCAAUCGAUCUCUCUUUCAAUCAUCUACAAGGUCCGGUGCCGACCGAGGGCGUCUUUAGCAACAUCACUCUCAUGUCAAUCGUUGGGAACGAUGGGCUCUGCGGUGGUUCACAAAGUCUCCACUUACCUGCAUGCCCCGCGCAACCUCAUGGAAGAAGACGCUCCAUAUCGGUUCCACUUGCGGUUGCGAUUCCCACUCUCUGUUUUUGUUUCCUCUCGGCCAUCGUCUCCGUUCUUGUUUAUUGUAGGAAGAAACAUAACAAAACCCAAUUUACAUCGUCGACUUCUCCCUUCGAUGGGCAGUACCCUAUGAUAUCAUAUGCAGAGUUGUUGAGGUCCACCGCCGGAUUUGAUGCCGCGAAUCUAAUUGGGCGAGGGAGAUUCGGCUCAGUGUACAAAGCUACUCUUGAGCAUGACAAUAGAACCGUGGCAGUCAAGGUAUUUGACCUUCAGCAAUCAGGCUCCUCCCGAAGUUUCUUAGCGGAAUGCGAGGCUUUAAGCCGCAUCCGCCAUCGGAACCUCGUCAAGAUCGUAACUUGUUGCUCUAGCAUCGACUCCGAUGGCGCCGACUUCAAAGCAUUAGUCUUCGACUUCAUGGCUAACAAGAGCUUAGAUAGGUGGUUGCACCCCCAGCUCGAAGACGACAGUAGAGAGCAUGAAGAAGUAAGCAAUUUGAGCCUGAUACAGAGGUUGAACAUUGCUAUCGACGUCACUGAAGCAUUGGAUUAUCUUCAUAAUAAUUGCGACCCACCCAUCGUCCACUGCGAUCUGAAGCCGAGCAACAUUCUUCUGGACGAGGACAUGGUGGCCCAUGUUGGGGACUUUGGGCUCGCUAAGCUCCUCCCAGAAGCGAUAAGCAGGUCAUUUGCCGACUCAACAAAUUCAAUUGGAUUGAAAGGAUCUAUUGGUUACGUUCCUCCAGAGUAUGCAGAAGGCAACCCUGUUUCCGUAAGUGGUGACGCCUACAGCUUCGGCGUACUUCUGUUGGAGCUACUCACCGGUAAGAGCCCAGUUGAUGAGAUAUUCGAGGAAGGGCUAACUCUGCGCAGGUUUGUGGAGAUGAGAGGAGCCAUGGAGAUUGUUGAUCCAGCUUUGCUCUUGCAUGACGAUGGAACGAUCGAUUGGUGGAACAGCGUCGAAGAGUGUUCGACUUCCCUUGCAAGGAUCGGUCUCGCGUGCACCGAGCAAGCGCCGCGAGAUCGAAUGGGCAUGGGAGAACUGUUGCACAGCUACGCGCCGUCUACAAUGUGUUUGUCAAAAAGAUCGAAACGACGGACAAUGAAAAUGGGAAAUAACACAUGAUGGUCCAAUCCUAAUAAAAACUUUUUAUUCGGUA